AAUUCACAAUAUAACUAAACGCUCUCUUCAUUCCUCGCUUCUUCGCAACAAGUCAGAGCAUAGCUAUAUAGUAUGUCGGAGGCCCGACAAACCCUAGCGCAGGCUAGCAACACGCAGAAUGUCCUGAUUAAGCAGGAAUCCGGUGUCGUCGAGGAUUCCAUCGACGAGAGUUCAAAGAAGAAUAAGAGCAACUACUCCAAGGUCAUCAUCGCUGACCUCAACGUCGACCCUCCCGAAAGCGACGGCGAUGACUGUGCCUCCAUCGCUCCUCCUGAUUCCACCAGGAGCAUUAAGGAAGAAAAUUGUGAGGAGAAAAGUACCUCAGUAUGUAAAGACGCUGUGGUUGAUCCCACAGAAGGAGAAUCUAAACGGUUAAAUAAACUGGGGAAGUGUCGUUCAAGAAUUAACAAGGGCGAAUGUUCUCUUGAAUGUGGGCCUGAUACGGAUGCCGAUCAACACUGUCAAGGGGCUCCAGCAUCCCGUGAGGAAAAAGUCAGCAGCCUUAAAACUGGUUUGGUUCAUGUUGCAAGGAAGAUGCCUAAAAAUGCUCAUGCACAUUUUAUACUUGGCCUAAUGUAUCAGAGGUUGGGUCAGCCACAGAAGGCAGUGCCAGCAUAUGAAAAGGCAGCAGAAAUAUUACUUCGGAGUGAAGAAGAGAUUGACAGGCCUGAAUUACUUUCUUUGGUUCAAAUUCAUCAUGCACAGUGCCUCCUGCUAGGAAGUACAAUUGAUCAUUGUGCAGAUAAAGAACUCACGCAUGAAGAACUUGGAGAAAUUAUUUCUAAGUUGAAGGAGUCAGUGCAGUCAGAUAUUAGACAAGCAUCUGUCUGGAAUACACUUGGUUUAUUACUUAUUAGAACCGGCCGUCUACAGAGUGCUAUAUCGGUUUUAUCCUCUUUGUUGUCUAUUGCUGCUGACCACUUGGACUCCCUUACAAAUCUUGGAAUUGCAUAUCUUCAAAGUGGUAGCUUGGAGAUGUCAAUGAAAUGUUUUCAAGAUUUGAUUCUAAAAGAUCAAAACCAUCCUGCGGCCCUAAUCAAUUAUGCAUCUCUUCUUUUGUGUAAAUAUGGUUCAGUUGUUGCAGGUGCUGGGGCAAGUGCUGGUGAAGGAGCUUGUAUGCCUCAUGUUGCGGCUGCAAAUGUUGCAAAAGAGUGUUUGUUAGCUGYWRUYARAUMAGAUCCUAGGGCUGCACAUAUCUGGGUGAAUCUUGCUAAUGCAUACUAUUUGGCUGGUGAUCAUAGAAGUGCUGGAAAGUGCCUGGAGAAGGCAGCAAAACUGGAGCCUAAUUGCAUGUCAACUCGAUAUGCUGUUGCVCUUCAYYGUAUCAAGGAUGCAGAAAGGUCUCAAGAUCCCACUGAACAACUUUCAUGGGCUNAUCCCACUGAACAACUUUCAUGGGCUGCGAAUGAAAUGGCUUCAAUACUCAGAGAAGGGGACUCUGCAACAAUUGAGCUUCGGAUAGCAUGGGCAGGACUUGCCAUGGUUCACAAGGCUCAGCAUGAAAUUGCAGCAACGUUUGAAACUGGACAUAAUGAUUUGAUGGAAGUGGAAGAGCGAGCUCUGUACACACUAAAGCAGGCAAUAGAAGAGGAUCCAGAUGAUGCAGUUCAGUGGCAUCAGCUUGGCCUUCACAAUCUUUGUACUCUACAGUUCAAGACAUCUCAGAAGUACCUUAAGGCUGCAGUUGCCCGCGGCAAAGAAUGCAGCUACGCAUGGUCAAAUCUUGGUAUCUCACUGCAGCUGUCUGAGGACCCAUCACAGGCCGAAGAAGUAUACAAGCGGGCCCUAUCUUUAGCCACAUCUCAACAGGCACAUGCUAUAUUUUCCAACCUAGGAAAUCUCUAUCGACAGCAAAAACGGUAUGAACGCGCAAAAGCAAUGCUUGCCAAGUCACUUGAACUCUGUCCUGGCUAUGCUCCAGCGUACAACAAUCUGGGGCUUGUGUUUGUUGCGGAGGGCCAGUGGGAGGAUGCGAAACUCUGCUUCGAGAAGGCUCUCCAGGCAGACCCUCUGCUGGAUGCUGCUAAAUCUAACAUCAUGAAAGCGGUUGCAAUGUCAAGGGUAUGUGGAGCCAUGUCAACAUCUUCACUCCAGAAUUAGGUUCUUUCCCACCUAUUGAAUACUGAGAACACGUUUAGUCAUUACAACUUACAUGAAUGGUGUCGAUAUUGUACAUGUACAUUUUGCAUAGAAAGAAAAUCAAGAAGCUUUUUUUUUCUUCUGUACACUUGCCUACUUUUGACGGGACCUGCUUCGUUAUUUGCACGAGGCAUGAUUUUUAUCUUCA